GUUAUUUUUAUUAUUUCCGUAUUCGACGCGCUUUUUUUUUUUUUUCUUUUUUUUUUUUUUCAAGUCGCUCUCGCUUUUGCUCAUAAAUGGAGCAAAUUCACAGCAAUGACGACGACACGCAACAGCACCACUACCACUCCCAACAGCAGCAGCAGCAGCAGCAGCAGCAGCAGCAGCAGCAGCAACAUCAACAGCAAGCCGAGCCCACGCUAGCCGCGACACCAGCAGCGCCACGAGGACCAGGCCAGAGCGCCGACGCGCACCCUUCCUCCUCACCAGCAGCACCAGCACCAGCACCAGCAGCACCAGCCCAAGCAGCACCAGCGUCACCGCGCUCGUCCGGGUCGUCGUCGUCGUCGUCGUCGUCGUCGUUCUUCCGCAUUGCAAACACAUUCAGGGUCGGAAAGCGACUCGGCAGCGGCUCGUUCGGCGACAUCUUCCAAGGAACAAAUAUUGCCACGGGCGAAGCAGUUGCAAUCAAAUGCGAACCAGUAAAGUCAAGACACCCGCAGUUGAUAUACGAGGCGCGCUUGCUACGCCACUUGCAAGGCGGCGAGGGCAUUCCGGUCAUUUACUACUCGGGCACAGAGGCCGAGCACAACGUCAUGGUCAUGCAGCUGCUCGGAUUGAGCCUGGAGGACGUUUUUGCAGCGCGCGGACAAAGCUUGUCCCUCCAGGCCAUUCUCACCCUCGCCAUCCAGAUGCUGCGACGAGUGGAAUUCAUUCACUCGAAGGGUUUCCUGCAUCGGGACAUCAAACCCGACAACUUUUUGCUUGGCAACAACGACAAGAGCACCACUGUUUAUAUGAUUGAUUUCGGGCUCGCCAAGCGUUUCCGCGACUCCAAGCACAUCCACAUUCCCCACCGAGAAAACAAGAGCCUCACCGGCACAGCCCGCUACGCCAGUGUCAACACCCACAUCGGAAUCGAACAAAGUCGCCGAGACGAUCUCGAGUCGCUGGGCUAUGUGUUUCUCUACCUUUUGCGAGGCAACUUGCCUUGGCAGGGGCUGAAAGCUGCCAACAAGAAGGAAAAGUACGAUCGCAUUUCUGAAAAGAAGCUGUCCACUCCGUUGGCAGAGCUCUGCGCAGGUCAUCCUGCUGCCUUCUUUGAGUACAUGACCUACUGCCGGCAUCUGCGGUUUGACGACACGCCCAACUACGAGUUGCUGUGCGAGCUGUUCUCAUCAGUGCUUUCGACUCUCCCGAUUCGAUCACUUUAUGAAGAGUUGUACUAUGUGAGCCCUCCGGUGGACCCGACGCUCAGCCAACCAACCCCAGGCCCGUCUCCCGUUUCCGUCCCAAUGUCUGUGAAUGCGGAAAAUCGGAUUGAGAUCGGCACUCCCGACUUCCUGUCGGUGGAUCAAUCACGCGAGCCACUCUCCACACCACAAGCGCGAGGUCCGAUUGCUGCGGCUUCCAUGUUGCCCGCAGCAUUGCGCACUGCGCCACUCUUCCCGUCUCCUACAGCUCGUGCAAACGGUGUGGCGGUCACGCCGUCUUCGCCGAGCGUCGGGUCGGUGGCGUCAGGGUCUUCGUUCCGGAAAACCACUGUCAAACCCGCAACCGCGCCGCCUCCGGUCGCUGCAGCAUCGCACAGCGCUGCAGCACCGUCAGGCACUGCCACUGCGAACGCAGGGCCCCGGUACGUUGCACCUGGCCUGGCCGGCCCCACAACAUCGUCAACGCCGUCCACCUCUUCGGGCACCCCAAGUCGCGUGGCUCGUCGCAACAUGUUGAAAGGCAACACAAAGGCGUAGAUUUUUUUGUUUCAGGAGAAUUUUGUUGGAUCUCAACAUGUUGUAUCAAUAUUUUUUUUUUUUUUUUUGUUCGAGCUUGUAUCAAUAAUCAUUACGAC